UGGCCGCCUCCUGGAGGGAGCAGGGAGCUGAGAGUUGGAGUCUUGCUAGACCCUGGGCCCAGGGCCCCCCUGACGCCUGCUCCCCUCCUCCGGCAGAGCUCCGAGGACAUCCGGUGCAAAUGCAUCUGCCCGCCGUACAGAAACAUCAGCGGGCACAUCUACAAGCAGAACGUGUCGCAGAAGGACUGCAACUGCCUGCACGUGGUGGAGCCCAUGCCGGUGCCCGGGCACGACGUGGAGGCCUACUGCCUGCUGUGCGAGUGCCAGUACGAGGAGCGCAGCACCACCACCAUUAAGGUGAUCAUCGUCAUCUACCUGUCGGUGGUGGGCGCCCUGCUGCUGUACAUGGCCUUCCUGAUGCUGGUGGACCCGCUGAUCCGCAAGCCCGACGCCUACACCGAGCGGCUGCACAACGAGGAGGAGAGCGAGGUGAGG